GGCGUGGUGGUGCGAGUUCGGCAGUAGGAAACAUGGCGGCUCGGACGUUUACUGCGAGGUUGUACUCCCUGUUGUUCCGCAGGACCUCCACUUUCGCCCUCACCAUCGCCGUGGGCGCCGUUAUCUUCGAGCGCGCCUUCGAUCAAGGCGCGGACGCGGUCUACGAGCACAUGAACGAGGGGAAGCUGUGGAAACACAUCAAGCAUAAGUACGAGCAAAAAGAAUAGUUCCUCAGAAGCCCUCCGCCAGGCGAGAAGGACCCAGCCUGCCCAGUGGCGUUUGCCCAAAGAAAGGCCUCAGCUUGAAGGUGGUGCUCAAGUUACUCGCCAAGGACCACCUUUACCUGCUGGCAAGAAAUGGCUUCACCUAACGGACUCGUAACUUCUGCUGGGUGUGAAGUAUGUUUAGUCAGCCAGCGGCAAAUAAACGUAAAUUGUCCUUGA